AUGCAAUAUAUAGGGAGACAUAUCUGUAGUGCCCGGUCAACGAGCAGAUGUGCUCGAUUCCUAAAUAUAGGCACAAAUCCUAGGCAAUAUCUGUCGGAGAUACAAAGGCCAACUCGCCAAUUCACAAUAGACGCAUUGCCAGCAGUACCUCACUUGUUGGCAAGAGAUCUUGCUGACUCUCAACACCAACACCAUGUUCGUGAUAUACACAACCAUCUCAAGGACUACGGAAUCCUCAAAAUCAGCCUGAGCUUCCCCGACGACAAAAGCCAAUACUUAGGAAGCCUCAUUGUCAGCCUUUCCAAAAACCAUGGACACGGGCUCCCCAUCACUCACAGCGCAUCUCGCGGCUGGUUCUGGGAUGUCCGCCCCAGCGCGACCACAUUUCAGACAGAAAAUCACCAGGCUCGAUCCGAAACAAUGGAGGAAUUUCCCUGGCACACAGACUGCAGCUACGAGCUCGCCCCACCACGGUUCUUUGCGCUUCAUGUUCUCCACCCCGAUCGCUACGGUGGGGGCACCCUCUCGGUCAUGAAAAUCGAUCGACUAAGCCAAUUUCUCUCCCCUGCCACCAAGGCAGCCCUCCUUGAACCCGAAUAUCAGAUCACCAUUCCGCCCGAGUUUAUCAAACAUCCCGACCAACGUCAUAUUGUGGGCAGCCUAUUUGCUAUCGACACGCAGGAUCACGGCCAUUCCCUGAUAAUGCGAUACCGUGACGAGAUCGUGACGCCUUUGAGUCCCAGGGCUGCUGCGGCGCUGAAGCAGCUGAAGGGCGCCCUGAAGAACAUGGAGGCGCUAUCACAAUCCACGCUGCAUCUUACUGCAGCUGACCUACCGGAAAGAUCUAUCAUUCUGCUGGAUAAUUAUCGAUGGCUGCAUGCGCGGAAUGGCAUCAAGGACCCUUCGAGGCAUCUGCGUCGGGUGAGAUGGAACGCCGUUCCGUUUGCUAAUAGUGUCGUCACGCAACCAGCAGCGGAAUCCAGUACCUGA